AUGCCGGUAAUUACAGAACAUAGAUUGGAAUUUUCACAUGAAUUUGACUGGAAUGGAAUAGAGAUAUUGGAUGAAGAAAGAAUUUUAAACAAGAGACUUACAUCGGAGAUGAUUCAUAUUAAAAGACAAAAGAACAGUUUGAAUCUACAAACGGACACGGAAAGACUGAAUUCGGCGUAUGAAUUUGGCUUACACUUUCACGGAACCGAUAACUGUGAAAUAAGUGAACCAGUAUCAAUUAGCAAUUCAUUUUCUUCAGGAUUAAUAUCUUUAUCUGGUGAAGAAGUUACUCGAACUCUAUCGCAGUUGAGUCUUGGUACUCAAUUACCUGUAAUUAACGAAGCUCUGCCAUUAUUAAAUAUAAAUCCAAUUGAUAAAUAUGCAAUAAAUAAUCCAUUAUAUUUGAGUGAAAAAUAUAACGAAAUUUGCUCUACAUUUGCGACAUUAUUACAAAUAGAUGAUAAAUCUAACCAUUAUCAGAACUCAGUUGAUUACCAAAAUAUUGUAGAGAAUCUCAAAGCUAAAUUUAAGGCUGAGAGUACUACUAGAAGUGAAAAAUUACAAAUUUUAACUCUAUUGCCUUCUGAUUGGAGCAUCAAUAAGAUUUGCGAUGUUAUGGGUGCUACAAAACACAUGGCAAUAGUGUCAAAACUUUUAAAAGAAAAAAAAGGAACUUUGUCGAUGCCACAGAGAAAAAUAGGACGACCUCUAUCGAACGAAACUAAAUGCAAGGUCAUAGAAUUUUAUAAAAAUGAUGAUGAACAGUAUCCUGAUGAUUGGAUAGGGUUUUCUAGCUUUGCAUCAUUAAGACCUGUCCAUUGUGUACUUGCAGGAUCGAGUGGUACUCACACUAUUUGUGUAGAAUUACAAAAUGUUACAUAA